AUGUCACCCGAAAAGUCAGGCAUAAGAGGAUGGAGCUCGCCUACUGUAACGCAUCUCGAACCAUCUGUAUCAACCAAUAUUCCACGGCGAUAUGUUUUUCUGACAGCUGCCUUAUUCCUGUCAUUGUUGUAUCAUUGGUCAGGAGGUGUCAAGCACUUCGUUCCAUCAGCGGAUCAGCAUGGAGAAGAAGAAGCUACCCUUACUGCUGUUUUUGACUGGGAAUCUCUGGAAGCCUCAACAUCGCUGAAGUACAAACCUUGUUACGAGAAGUAUCAAUGCGCUCGCCUGACCUUGCCAAUGGACUACUGGAACGGCACAACAGAUGCCACCAUAACUCUUGCUCUGAUCAGAAAGCCAGCCAUUGUGCCCGUCACCGAUCCCAAAUAUGGUGGUGCUGUCAUCCUGAAUCCUGGUGGACCUGGAGCACGUGGUAUCAACUAUAUGCUCAGGGUUGGGGAGCAGAUGACCAGUCUGAUUGACGCGCCCAAAGAUGACAAUGAAGGAAGGCAUUUUGAUCUGAUUUCAUACGAUCCAAGGGGAAUUGGUCUUUCGACACCCAAGCUUGCAUGUUUUCAUGGAAACCCUAUCCUGGAACAAGUUUGGUCUAUCCGCGACUGGGAAACGGGAUCAAUAAAUGCCUCCGAUAUUGCCUUUGGUCGUAUGUGGGCUAUGUAUAAGGCAAAAGGACAAAGCUGUGCAGUCACUACGGAAGAAGCAGACAUCAAGCGAUAUGCAACAACUGCCUAUGUCGCACGCGACGUACUGGAGAUCAUCGAGAAACACGGUGAAUGGCGAGAAAAAGAAGCAAGAAGGCUCUUGAGAAAUUACCACUACAAACCUCACGAAGGCUACGAUCCACAGCGAACCAGGUAUCGCCCGGGGCAAGAGAAACUUCUUUACUGGGGCGUCAGCUACGGAACCUACAUUGGGAGCACAUUCGCAGCAAUGUAUCCUGAUAGAGUCGAGCGUCUUGUGCUUGAUGGUGUAGUCGACACAAGCGACAAUCAGCAAGGCGUAACGUACACCGACUUGAUGGACACAGAAAAAACCAUGGAUUCAUUCUACCAAUACUGCGCGGAUGCUGGCUACCCCACUUGCGCUCUGGCGGAUUCAGAUGGUAGCACUGGACCGGCAGAAGUUCAGCAGAGAACUCUCGCCGUAAUCGAGAAACUUCGUUACGAUCCUGUACCGGUGGUAGAUCCUGUUCCAGAGGUUAUCACCUCUCACGAUCUUAGGAUGUUGGUCUUCCAGAGUCUGUACAAGCCCGUGCGCAUGUUUCCGACUCUUGCCAACACUAUUGCCGAGCUCGAAAAGGGCAACGGAAGCAAUUCUGCGCAGAUGUUAAAACCGUAUCAUUCGUUGAGCUGUCGAACGACCUCGGUCGACCCAGUGUUCGAUAUUGAUGCUGAGAUGGCAAUCUUGUGUACCGACGCUGAUGACCAAACCUCGACAAACCGCGAGGAGUUUGCCAGCUUUGCGACAAAGAUCAUGGAAGUCUCCCCAACCAUCGGCGAUAUAUAUGGCGCCGUUAGAAUGCAAUGUAUACAUUACCCUCUGCGCGCGCAAUAUCGCUACACCGGACCUUGGGACGUGACCACCACCAAUCCCAUCCUGUUCAUCGGAAACACGAAAGACCCAGUCACUCCCUCAAUUAACGCUUUUAGGAUGGCUGAACGACUCAAAAAUAGCGGAGUCUUGAUCCAAAAUUCUGCGGGUCAUUGCUCGUUGGCUGCUUAUAGUGAAUGUACUACAAAACAUGUCCGGCGAUACUUCCAGACAGGCGAAUUGCCACCAGCCAACACGACAUGCCAGCCAGACGAGAUACCAUUUGCUCUUAGCAAAGACGCGGCCCGCAGUGCUGCUCAUGCACAGCACAUGGACAUUGCAGAUGCUUUUAGCGAGUUUGGGCUAAGGAUGCGCCUGCCGGUGGACUAG